AUGGAUCCAAUUGUAGUGAAAUUAUUUGCUGUCAGUGCUUUAUGGCUCACUCUGUGUCAAAGUCACACUACCAACAGGCUGAAGGAUGUUCUAGCUGAUUGUUUGAAUGACACUGACUAUGAGACGCUUCUGCAGACAGCCAAGAUCGGUCUUCCACAAACAAACACAUCUCGUCAUGUUGUCAUUGUUGGAGCUGGCAUGGCUGGAUUGACAGCUGCCAGGCUACUUAGCAAAGCAGGACAUAAGGUCACCAUAUUAGAGGCUAGUGGACGAGUUGGUGGACGUGUGGAGACCUACAGGAAUGACAAAGAGGGCUGGUAUGCUGAACUUGGGGCUAUGAGGAUACCAAGUUUUCAUUAUAUUGUCCUUCAGUUUGCGAAGGAUCUGGGAGUUCACCUGAAUAAGUUCGUCAUGGAUGACAAUAAUACUUUCUACCUGGUGAAUGGAAUACAGCCACAAAGGACAUGGGAAGUGAGGAAAAACCCUGACAUCCUGAAAUACAAUCUAACAGGAAAUGAGAUGCAUAAAUCGGCUGACGCUCUCCUACAGCAAGCCUUAGAAAAGGUGAAAAACGAAGUCAUACAACAUGGUUGUAAAGCUGCACUGAUAAAAUUUGACCGCUAUUCUGUGAAGGAUUACCUGAAAGAAGAAGGUGGUCUGAGUUCUGAAGCCAUUAGGAUGAUUGGAGACCUACUUAAUGAGCAGGGCCUUAUGUACACUGCACUCACUGAAAUGAUCUAUGACCAAACUGAUGUUUCUGACAACGUCACGUACUAUGAAGUGACUGGUGGGUCAGACCAUCUCCCCAACGCUUUUCGGAAAGGCCUUAAUGCUACCAUUCUUCUUAAUUCUACAGUCAAGCAUAUUAGCCAUUCAGAUGAAGUUACUGUGUCAUAUCAACAAGGCCAACAGUCUAACUUUACUGAUCUUAAAGCUGACUUUGUCCUGGUAACAACAACAGCCAAAGCGGCUCUUUUCAUAGAUUUCGAUCCCCCUCUCUCCAUUAAAAAGAUGGACGCCCUGAGGUCUGUCCAUUACGACAGCUCCACUAAAGUCCUGCUCACCUUCAAAAACAGGUUCUGGGAGGAUGACGGCAUCCAAGGGGGGAAGAGCAUCACAGAUGGACCGUCUCGUUUCAUUUACUACCCCAGCCACAGUUUCCCAACAAAUAAGACCAUCGGGGUCCUUCUGGCUUCCUACACCUGGUCUGAUAACUCACUACUAUUCCUAGGUCCAAACGAUGACCACCUUAAAGAGCUGGCUUUGAGAGAUUUGGAAAAGAUUCAUGGCAAGAAGGUCAGGGAUCUCUGCACAGGGGUCAUAGUGAAGAAGUGGAGCUUGGAUCCUUAUAGUUUGGGUGCAUUUGCUUUAUUUACACCCUACCAACACUUAGAAUAUGCUGCAGAGCUCUUUCAAAGUGAGGACAAGGUGCACUUUGCUGGUGAGCACACAGCCUUCCCUCAUGGUUGGAUCGAGACAUCAAUGAAAUCAGCAAUCAGGGCAGCUGUCAACAUUACCAAAGCUGCAAACAAAGAGUCAGUCAGUAGCGCAACCCGUGAUGAACUCUAA